AUGUCUAACUCAAACUUGCAAGUGUAUGGAGGUGAUGAAAUUACAGCUGUCAUUAUAGAUCCAGGCUCCUUUUCAACGAAUAUUGGAUAUUCUGGGACGGAUUACCCACAAUCGAUAUUACCAUCGUCAUAUGGUACUUAUAAGGAAACAACCGAAGGUCAGGAAUCAACUACAAAAAGAAAAAGGAUAUUUUCUGAAUCCUCGAUCCAAAUUCCUAGGCCAGAUUAUGAAAUUAAGAGAAUUGUUGAAAAUGGUUCCAUUAUGGAUUGGGAUGCUGCUCAAGAGCAAUGGUCCUGGGCAUUGAAAUCACAAUUACAUUUACAAUCUACAUCUGGUAUUCCUGCUUUAUUGACAGAACCAAUUUGGAAUAGUGUGGAAAACAGAAAGAAAUCCUUAGAAAUAUUGUUGGAAGGCAUGAAUUUUGAAGCAUGUUAUCUUUCAUCUGUACCUACAUGUGUUUCAUUUGCAGCAGGGAGACCAAAUUGUCUAGUUGUCGAUAUAGGACAUGAUACCACCAGCGUAAGCCCAGUAGUGGAUGGAAUGACAUUAUCAAAAAGUUCGAUGAGAAAUUUCAUUGCUGGUAAAUAUAUUAAUACUUUGAUUGAAAAGUAUUUGCAACCUAGGGAAAUAAUACCACUCUUCAGCAUUAAGCAGAGACGUCCAGAAUUUAUAAAGAGGACUUUUGAUUAUACAGUUGAUUCAUCUCUUUACCAGUAUGCUAAUGAGCAUGAAUUUUUCCAGGAGUGCAAGGAAACACUAUGUCAAAUAACGUCCACGGGUUCUUUAGAAAAAAAUAAGGAUCAACUAAAGACAAUCAGUAGCAGAUCAAUAGAAGCCCCUUGGGCUGAAGAGCUUGUAUUUGAAAAUGAAACCAGAUUUGGUUUUGGUGAAGAGUUAUUCGUUCCCAAUAAGGAUAAUAUUCCUGAAAAUUGGCCUGUUUCAGAAGAUGGUGUUGUAGAAACUUGGCAUAAUGAUUAUGUUCCAUUAAAGAGAACCAAACCAAGUGGUUCGACCAAGACAGAGACUAAUACUAAGGAAUCAACUCCACAACCGAAGGCGGAAGACACAUCAGCUACAACCACAGAAACAUUGGAUAAUAUUUCCGAUACUGUUAAUGAAAAUGGUAAACGACCUGUUGAUGAUAUAUCAGAGCCUACGAAAAAUGACAUUGCAGGUCUUGCGGAUCUUGUUUAUAGUGCCAUUAUAAAAAGUGAUGUUGACCUUCGUGCAUCAUUAGCUCAUAAUGUAGUACUUACGGGGGGGUCAUCUUCUAUUCCAGGCUUAAGUGACAGAUUAAUAUUGGAACUAAAUAGAAGACUACCGGCAUUAAAAUUUAGAAUAUUGUCAACGGGACACACAAAGGAAAGACAGUACCAGGCGUGGCUGGGAGGAAGUAUUCUAACAAGUUUGGGAACAUUUCAUCAACUUUGGGUCGGUAAAAAUGAAUAUAAUGAAGUUGGUGUCGAAAGACUGUUGAUGGAUAGAUUUAGAUAG